AUGGCGUCCCGUAACGGUCUCUUCGGUCUGGUGUCGCUGGUCCUCCUCGCCGGCGGCCUGCUAUUCAUGUUCUUCAUCCUCCUCGCGGGCGCAAUUGACCAUGGCCCUGUCAACAAAUUCUAUAUUCUACAAGCGGACACUGCGAACAUACCAGGAGCUCCGGCCGUGUCCAGAUGGUCAUACUGGAACGUGUGCGGUGUUUUAAAUGGACGCACGCACUGCGGCAACCAACCCUAUUCCCAUGUCCAUCCAGCCUUCCCACUUGACCCUGCGUCUCAUCGGACCUUUGACACUACAGUGAACGUCCCUCAGAACUUCGUCCACCGCCAUGGCUACUACUUCUACAUGACUCGCUUCAUGUUCGCUUUCAUGCUCAUGGCCCUGUUCUUCGGUGUCUGCGCCUUGUUCACUGGCUUACUGUCCUUGUGCACGAGACUGGGCUCCUAUCUCAGUGGUCUCUUGACCAUGAUAGCCAUGGUUUUCCAGGCAAUCCAGGUGUCCCUUAUGACUGCCGCAUAUGUUAAAGGGCGCAACAACUUCCGGAACAACGGUCAAUCUUCCGACAUUGGAAAAUACGCCUUUGGGUUCGAAUGGGCUGCCUUUGUCUGCUUCCUCAUUUGCACCAUUCUCUUCUGCAUGGGCGGAUCCUCCCGCCGCGAGCCCAGAACAAGCACGCGACGAGGGUUCAAGUUCCGAGGACGGAGGAGCAGGAGCACAAGGAGCCGGGGCAGUUUCGUUCAUGACAAGGAGUACGGAGCAUAG